AUGUCUCUCCUCGCCCGUUCGUCCCGUAUGGCGCCCAUCCUGGCCAAGACCGCUUCUGCAUCCUCCGCGGCCGUUCGCGUCGCCUCGGCGCAGCGCCACCUCUCGAGCACUGCGGCCGUCAUGUCCGACUCUGUGCUGUAUGAGUCGGUGGGCUCAACCCGCAUCUACAAGCUCAACCGUCCCAAGGCCCUCAACGCGCUUGACCAGGACAUGAUCGAGUCGCUCGCCAAGCAGGCCCAGGUGAGUGUGUUUUGUGAGGGCAGUGUGUGGCCUACGAGCAGUCUCACUUGCAACUUUAGCCGAGAUAUGGAGGAAGAGCUGACAAGAGUACAGACCUGGCGCACCAGCGAGCUCUGCCAGCUCAUCAUUGGCCGCGGUGACGAGCGCGCUUUCUGCGCCGGUGGUGACGUGAAGACUCUUGUCGAGUCUCGUCCCGAGUCUGGUGGUGCUGUUGCCCUCAAGUUCUUCAAGGACGAGUUUGAGCUCAACUGGGAGAUGGGCCGCUUUGGCAAGCCCUACGUCGCUGUGAUUGACGGCUUCACCAUGGGCGGUGGCGCCGGCAUUUCGCUCCCUGCCGGUGUCCGCAUUGCUACCAAGAAGACUGUCUUUGCCAUGCCCGAGACCAAGAUUGGCUACAGCCCCGACGUUGGCGGCAACUACUACAUUGCCCAGCUCGACGGCGAGAUUGGCGCCUGGCUCGCCAUCACGGGUCAGGAGACCUGGGGCCGUGCCGUCUACGAGCUCGGUAUCGCUACCCACUAUGUCGAGCCCGAGUCGAUCCCCGCCCUCGUUGAGCAGCUCCAGAACCUCGAGAACCCCGACCUCCAGACUGUCUCGAUGAUUGUGUCGUCGUACCACGUCCCUGCUCCUCCCUCGGGCACUGCCGUUUCGUCGCGCGCGUCCCGCGAGGGCCCCACUCCCGUCACCGGCGCCAUCCGUACCCUGCUCGACAAGACUUUCGGUCUUGCGUCGAUCCAGGAGAUCUACGCUGCCCUGCAGAACGCCGAGGGCGACUCGGCGCUCCCUGCCGAGGCCCGCGAGUGGGCCACUGCCCAGCGCGAGAUCAUGGACAACCGCUCGCCCACCGGAAUGGCCGUUGCCCUCGCCAACUUUAAGCUUGCCAAGUCGGCCAAGCGCCUGCACACUGCCCUCGAGAACGACAUUACCAUGGCCACGGCCUUUGUUGGCACCGACCGCGCCACCGAGGAGUUCACCACCGGCGUCACCCACGUCCUCAUCUCCAAGGCCAAGGGCCGCGCCGACUGGUCGCCGUCGGACAUCAACGACGCGGCCGUCACGCCCGCCGCGAUCGCCAAGAACUUCCUCGACCGCAACAACGCGCGCAUCAAGGACGAGAUUCCCGCCCUCAACUUUGUGCCCGAGCCCACCACCACCGAGGGCCCCGACUCCACCUGGGGCCAGUUCCGCAAGUACGGCCUGCCGUCCGAGGCCGAGGUGCGCGCGUGGAUCAUGGGCGAGGCGCCUGGCUCGGGCGCGUUCAAGCUCCGCGAGGACGAGCUCGUCCAGCGCAUCUCGGAUGCGCGCGGUGAGACUGCCGGCCCGCGCCAGGGCGAGAUUGAGCAGGCUGUCCGCAACAUUGUCGCUGCCCGCGGCCAAAAGGACGCCGACGGCUACCUCAACUGGCACUAG